AUAAGAGUCACCCAGGAGACAUCGUAGUAUAAAACGUCAUAUCAACAGACACUACACAGAUAACUCGACCCGAUGUGAUCAGAGUGUUCAUCAUGAUUCCAUCGGUGUUCUUCGUGGUGGCCGUGUUUUUUUCUGGUUCGAACAUAGUGCGAUGCGACGUGAUAAGUUUAGUUUCGUGUAAUGAAACUACACUCUGUACAACCAAUGUUAAUUCCACGGUUUGUUACGAUGGAUUCUGCCACACACAGGCGGGUCGAAAUUGCACAAUGCCAACAACAACGACAGCAACAACAGUAUCAUCAGCUGCAACUACAACAGCUCCAUCAAUAUCGGUUGCAACAACAACAGUAGCAGCAACAUCACCUGCAAUAACAGUUGCACCUAAUACGACUGCAACAGGUCCGUCUGGUCGAAGAAAACGUAGUGCAGACCAACAACAGUGUGUUCCAAACGCAAGUUGUGAGCUGAACGAACAAACAAUACUGAUGUGCAGAUGCAACACUGGCUACUCCGAGGACCAAGGAUUAUGCACAAAAAAUGUCGCAGACUAUUUGAGAGGGGCGGCACUUUCAGUUACCUUGGUAACGACAGUGAUGCUGUAUUUAAUCUAGCAAACCAAUCUACCAGUGCUUCAGCGGACUAUUGAGUUGUUUAUACUAUCGCCUUACAUUUCCAAUAUUUUACAUCCAUCGAAACAAUUGUUUUUUAACAUUUUAAACAUAUCCAAUCGUUUACAUCAAUACACGUCACAACUUAAUUUCUUUACCAAUAACAAAAUAAAUCAUAAUCGAACAAGAAAUACCUGUUGAAGUCUUAAAACAUAAUAUAAACAAACUUCCGCCAACUAAUUUGCUAAAUAAUAAUGUCAAAAACAGACAGAAGAGUUAAAGCGCGUGAAUUGAACAAUAUUGACGCUUGAUCUGGCUUUAAAAGUGCGUGUGGCCUGUGUCUACAGACUAUGCCAACGAGAGUGUACAGGUAUGGGAGUUUCGGUUGUCUGCGCAUGCCUGAUGAAGCCGUUGUGCCGACCAACUGGUAAUGCCAGGUCAACCGGAACAGUGUGGUCUCUUGUAAGCACGUGUGCGCCACUUUUGGCCGGAUGGUUUAUUUAGGUAAUAAAAGAGAUGAACACAA